UCGAUUUCGAUGUUUGCCUGCAUGUUGCGUAGGUGUGUGUGUCGUGCGAUCUGUGUGUUUAGCGAGUUUUGAUUUGACCUGGCUGUUGAGUCGCUGAAUGUGGUUUACAACGACCCGCCUGGCGAGAGCUCUGAACUGACCGUCUGACAGCAGAAAGCAAUAACCUAAUGACACUGCUCAUCAACACCACGGAUAGAAGUCUCACAUCUGGAGAAUGGACGGGACAACUCGUGCUUGUGCCGGGUGUGUAACCUGGAUAUCUGUGCUGUGCGUAAUCUUGGUCACAGCCUCAUCCCUAGCACCAUCCAUCACGCACUGUGAACUACUGGAGCAUGCCAACAUCACCUGUUAUUGGACUGCUGUCAGUUCAGAGACCAGCAGAUACAUGCUACAGGUCAACAUGACGUACUGUUUGCAUAAUACAGAUUACAAGACCGUGGGCUCAUGCACUACAGCAGACACUUGGUGCUCAGUGAACAUCGGCUCAGCGGGUCACUGCUUCUGUGUGGAUGUGCAGGCAUUCUGUCCCUCCACAUCUGCCAGAUCUCCACGACGCUGCUUCGCUGGCAUCAACGAAGUUAAGAUGUACCCACCACGAUUCACAAGGCUUACCACAAUACCAGGAAAUUCCCAUUGUUUGAAGCUGGAGUGGACAGAUGACAUGUCUGUCACUUUACCAUCUGAGCGGGCCCACCGAGUUAUACAAAUAGAAUACAGUAUUCCUCAUCAGGCCCAGUCCUGGAACGUGAGUUCGGUUCUUCACGACUGGAAGAUGGAGCUAUGUGGCUUGUAUCCAGGCACAAAGCACUCCGUGCGUCUCCGGGCCCAGGACUCCCGAGCAUCCCAUCACUGGAGUGGCUGGAGUAGUAUCAGGGAGGCAAUCACAGCAGAGAGUGCUCCAGGGGCUGUACCAGAACUAUGGAGACACAUCCAGCCAACAGACAUGAGUGGGCAGAGACACAUCACUUUGCUCUGGAAGCCUCUCCAGUGGCCUGACACUAAUGGGGUGAUUCUGAGCUAUGCCGCAUCGUGCUGGAGUGACCUCGACCCACCACAUCAGGACUGCGGCCGUCUGGACUCAUCCGUCACUUCCUGUGUUGUUUCUGUCUCUGCCAACCCCUGCAUCUGCAACCUGACGGCGUCCAACUCUGCUGGCACAUCACCAGAAGCAUAUAUACGCAUACCUGGAGACAGGGAUGCAGUGCUCCCAUCCCCAGUAAGCAUAAGUGUCAAUGCAUUGGAUGACUUCCAGCUGAAGGUGGAAUGGACAGCUGCAGUGAACCAAUCAGACACAAGCUUUGUGAUUGAGUGGUUUCCUAUAACGGAUAACACAUUUGGUGGUGCAUAUUGGAAAAGGUUGAAUGGGUCUGCAAGAAGCUUUAUAAUUACAGAGGGUGUACUUCCUGAAGUUCCAUAUAACGUGUCUGUUCAGGUUCUUCACGAGAAGACAACUAGGGCUCCGAUAUUUGCCACUGGCUUUACCAGACAAGGAGCGCCCUCUGCUGGCCCGAAGCUGAAAGUUCUACAGACAACGGGCAGCUCUGUGAUCCUGAAGUGGAAUUCUGUACCUUUGGAGAAACUACAUGGAUUCAUCCAAAACUACACAGUUGUAUAUGUAACAAACGGCAAAAUGAAAUCUCAAGUGCUAGAGGGCGAUGUUGAGCAAUUUUCACUGACUGGUCUGUCUGCUGGGGAAUAUGCUAUCUGUGUGAAGGCUCACACUGUGGCAGGGAGUGCUGAAGGCCCAUGGGUCACUGUGGCUGUGGCAGGGAAUGAUUACUUACCAAUUGUGGCAAUACUGGUGUGCACCACAGGAGGUCUGCUGAUUUUAGUAAUCACACUAAGCCAAGGUGAAAGGAUUCAACAUUGUCUCUGGCCGACCAUCCCAGACCCAUCGAAGACCAGCCUGUCCACGUGGGCCCGAGGCUCCAGAAGUCAACUCGUGUUCAUGGGACGAACCACAGGCCUUUGUGAUCACCCUUGUGAAGAGCACCAACAGGCAUGUUCUUUCAGUGACCACUCCAUACUGUCCAAGACAGUUAUCCAAGAGAUCUUUCCCAGGCCACUUUCAGCCAAAACGGCCAAGCGAAAGACCCAUCAACCAACCCAUAAGGUGAAUGCUGAAGAGCCCAGUGAAGACCUAAGCACUGAAGUCAGCAGCAGGAACAAUGUCAUGGCAAAACCGCAGACCCCUCGUGCACCUUCUGGUUGCCCACCAAUCGCCGACUGCUGUUUUGGAAGGGAUACGGUAGAUGAAAGGAACCUCAUGGAAAGAUUAAGGUUGUGUGGUCAAAGCCCUCCAGCCCCUGAAGCCUUGGCCAGAGCAGACAAAGUGGACUCAAGUAACCUGCUUUAUAAAAAAGACUUCACAUCAAGGUCAGAGUCCACUUGCUACCCCAAUAUAGUGUAUACCCAUUAUCUUCCAGUUCCUGACUUGCAGCUUGAUUUUAGAAAAGAGGCCAAAGAUUUCACUAAUCUUAUCCAUAAAAGUAACCUUUUGUCACCACUGGAAUCCUGUUGCCGUAUGCACAUAUCUACUAGUUAUCUACCGGUCCCCGAGUCUUCUCUAGAUUAUGCCAGUUUUCCACUGGAGACAGGGCACCCAACUGAUUGUAGUCCUCGUUCAAAAAUAGAGUCCAGCUCCCACAGUCAUUUAUCUACUAUAUAUGUACAGGUUCCUGUCACUCACCGUAAUUUUACAAUGGAAGCAGAAGACUCAGCUAAUUUUCAGAAAAAAGGAACCUUAUCAGGAUCGGAAUGCUCGAGUCAACAAGCCUGCCAGUCUUCACCUAUAUGUAAAGAAUUUGAAGAGGACCACACGUACAGGUCCUUGGGCCAAGGGGAGGACCCUUUACAGUUCUCCUUACAGUAGCACAGCACUGACGACUCUGUAGUCCUAGGAACAAGAAGAUGAACGUAUUACAGGCAAGAUAAUAGCUGCACCAACUGCACGAAACACGUGAGAGAAAUGGUGGCACUCUGCAGAAAAAGGACUCGAUAUGCAUUACAUAAAGUGCGACGGAGAACUAAGGUGUCCCGUGCUGAAACAUUUUUCUCACAGUAACACUCCGGGAAGGCUGACCUUUAUUUGCAAUCAGUCAAAUCGCUGAUGAGCGAUGAUUAGAUUUUAGGUACGAAUUGAUGAAGUGUCAAAGCGACUAUAGGUCACCUGACAAGGAUGGGUGCUUAAACUACCAGAAACGGACCGAGUCGUGCUACUUUGUUGUUUUUGACGCACUUUCAAUACAUACGAAUGUGACUUUUAAAAAAUUUAUUUAUGUUAGCGGACGACAGCGCCUGUGGUUGUACAUAUGCUUUGUGUCACAAAAAUCCGAUUGACAUUGACAAGAAAGGAAAAAAAAAAGGACGAAUAAGUACAUUGCUGUUUGUAAGAGGGAUUUAAAGCAAAUCAAUAACUAGUCUGCUUGUGUUCCUUAGUUAAAGUAAAUGUGAACGUGGCUACACUUUGUUGGGUAUUUCUUUGGGAAGGUAUACGUGACCAUCGUUAAACGUGAAGCAGCAGUUACGUCAAGAUGUUUUGGGGUUUGAGGUGUGUGUCGGUUUUGUCAACGUUUGAAUAUUACACGUAAUAAAGAAUACAUGCAACUACAAUUUUUAUUACUAAUUGAU